UGCUAAUAAUAUAUACUUCCGAAAGAAAAAUGGGGAUUGAACGUGUGAUCCUUGUGAGUUUGGUUGCCAUGAGUCUAGUAGUUAUGACAUCUGCUAUUAGCGGAACCGCUACAUUUUACACACCACCCUACGUUCCUUCGGCGUGCUAUGGGUUCCAAGAGCAAGGCACACUGAUAGCGGCGGCUAGCGAUCCCAUAUACGCCAACGGGGCUGCGUGCGGGAGAAUGUACAGAGUGAGAUGCACCGGCCCCACCAACGCCGGCGUUCCGCAGCCUUGCAGGGGCGAAGUCACCGUCAAAAUCGUCGACCGUUGCCCUUCUCCCGGUUGCCAAUCUACCAUUGAUCUCUCCCAAGAAGCCUUCGCAAUCAUCGCUGACCCUAAUGCCGGAAAAGUCAAUAUUGAUUAUGUCCAGGUCUGAUCCAAGAGAGGAGCUUAGAUCGAUCGAGCUGCAGCUAUUUUAUGACCAUAUAAAAGAUGUAGAAUAUUAAGAGCAAAACCUUUGUUGUUAUGAAGAGGAUCGAUGGACUACUACUGGUCAUCUUCUUAAUAAUUACUUUCUGCUGAUGUAUUGUUGUUUAUACUAUGUGUUGCCAAAAAUAAUGAUAAUAAUAAUAAAGUUGUUUAAAUAAUGGCU